CACAUGUUGCAGAUAGAAAAAGGAUCAACUGAUUCAACAUGGCUCAAGUAACAAUCUUGGCUGGUUUGUCCCUUUUGAUUUGUCUUCAAGUUGUGUCUUCAACCAAACUGGCAUGCUACUUCACCAACUGGUCCCAAUACAGACCGGGUGCUGGGAGAUACAUUCCUGAAAAUGUAGACCCCAACCUGUGCACACACCUGAUCUACGCCUUCUCUGUAAUCAGCCCCUCAAAUGAGAUAACAAUGUACGAGUGGAAUGAUGAUGUUCUUUACAGAUCCUUCAAUGCCCUCAAGAACAGGUGCGUGGAAUUACUUGCUGCCUUUGAAAAAGAAGCUACUGAGACCAAACAACCACGGCUCUUGCUCACAGCUGCAGUGGCCGGUGGGAAGGGGAACAUUGACAACGGCUAUGAGAUUGCCGAUGUGUCAAAGUUUCUAGACUUUAUAAAUGUCAUGACCUAUGACUACCACGGAGCUUGGGACCCAUUCACUGGUCAUAACAGCCCUCUGUACCGCAGCUCCGUCGAUCAGGGUGAUAACAUAUAUUACAAUGUGGAUUUUUCUAUUAAAUAUUGGAGGGACCAGGGAGCUCCUGUGGAAAAGCUCUUAGUCGGUUUCCCCACAUAUGGACGCACAUUCACCACAUCAACAGCUGCUAAUGGUCUUGGAGCUGCAGCCACAGGACCAGCGAGCGCUGGGCCUUACACCCGUGAAGCUGGGUUUUGGUCUUACUACGAGAUUUGCACAUUCAUCCAAACAGGCAGCAUAAAGUGGAUUGAUGAGCAAAAGGUGCCCUAUGCCAUUAAGGGCAAUGAGUGGGUUGGCUUUGAUAACAGGCAGAGCUUUGAAAUCAAGGCACAGUAUGUGAAAGACAACAGAUUUGGAGGAGCAUUUGUCUGGUCUCUGGAUCUCGAUGACUUUGCUGGACAGUUCUGUGGACAGGGACAUUAUCCUCUCAUUAGUUAUCUGCGCACUCUUUUGAAUUCAGAUUCUCCACCACCUCCACCGGUAACCACACAUCCACCACUCGUCUCUACGAUCUCUCCUGGCCCAACAGCUACUACCACUACUACGGCUACUACUACCACUACUGCUACUACUGCCAAAACAACCUCAAGUCCUGUUUCUGGAAGUGGAUUCUGCGCUGAAAAGCCAGAUGGCCUGUAUGUAAAUGAUGAGGAUCCCCACACCUUUUAUCAGUGUGUCCAUGGACAUGUCUACAUCCAGACAUGUCCAAAUUAUCUUGUUUACAGUGAUGCAUGCAAAUGCUGUACCUAA